CUGUGUAUAAAGAAAGAACACAGAAAAUAUAGUGUUUACAGUUUCAGUGUUAGUUUUACAUGCUGUAGGGAUGAAUACCUCAUAUUCUUGCGUUAAUCAACCACACGGGGUGCCAUGUUACAUUUAAUCGUGACCAUUUGAAGUAGAAAGUAACCGGAGGAAUAGGGGGAUAAUAGCACUACAUCCUGGCAACCUGCUUUCCCUGGCAGAACGCUUUUCCCCAGGCAGCAACGAGCUAACACAACUAGCAGGCAGUCAGUAGUGAUAGUGACUGCUACUUGCACUUCUUUUUUCAGGCACAUCGGAGAGAGAUUUUUUUCUCUCCGCUCACCUGCAUUUAAUCACGGCGUCUUUGGUGAAAUCAACGACUUGGACUUGUCCGUUUGGAUUAUCAACUCUUUUGGAUAGCAGGAUUAUUUUCCCAUUGAGCGCAGCGGAUGGUUUUGCUUUAAACCGAAGGAGCAGGAGAUCCGGGGCCUGCAGUGACAGAAGGGUGCAGUCCCCGACGUUGCUUGGUUGUGACCCAGAAGACGGCACCGACGGCUAGACUAGCUGUCACAGAGCCGUGCGGCUAGCAGGUUAAGGCUGCAACACAUCUGCUCAGCAUCCCAGUGUUUCAAUAAGGAUUUAUAUUCGGGACAACCGGUGCGAGGGACAAAUAUGUCGAUUUUGGUUCUUUCGGGUAAGAUAUAAAGGACGCCCCCGUUAAAAGGGAUUUUCUUUGCAGCUAGCCAAGUAAUACCAGGCUGUAAGCUAGCUGUCACCAUUAGCCAUCGUUUAGUCGGUCCUACCGUCCGCACACAACGACGGGACGGCCAAAGAGGACCGCUGGCCCCGCAAAAGCAGACGAAAUUAUUUAACGUUUUUUUAAGGCCGUGUAAAAGACUUUAAGGCACCGACAUGACUGCCAUUAUCAAAGAGAUAGUCAGCCGGAACAAAAGGCGUUUUCAAGAAGAUGGCUUUGACUUGGACCUGACCUACAUAUACCCCAACAUCAUCGCCAUGGGGUUCCCUGCAGAGAAGCUAGAGGGCGUCUACCGCAACAACAUAGAUGACGUUGUACGGUUUCUGGACUCCAAACACAAGAAUCACUACAAGAUUUACAAUCUAUGUGUAGAGCGGCAGUAUGACACCGCAAAGUUCAACUGCAGAGUGGCCCAGUACCCGUUCGAGGACCACAACCCCCCCCAGCUGGAGCUCAUAAAGCCCUUCUGUGAGGACCUGGACCAGUGGCUGAGCGAGGAUGACAACCACGUGGCUGCCAUCCACUGCAAGGCGGGCAAGGGCCGGACCGGAGUCAUGAUCUGUGCCUACCUGCUGCAUCGGGGCAAGUUCCUCAAGGCCCAGGAGGCCCUGGACUUCUACGGAGAGGUCCGCACCCGGGACAAAAAGGGAGUUACCAUCCCGAGCCAGAGGAGAUAUGUGUACUACUACAGCCACCUCCUGCGGAACAACCUGGACUACAAGCCGGUGGCCCUGUUGUUCCACAAGAUGGUCUUUGAAACGGUCCCCAUGUUCACCGGAGGAACAUGCAGAGACUCUGCCGUAAAAAACAAGAGCGAUGCGGUGAUUCCUCAUGGCUUCAGGAGAGGGAAUUGGCACUGGGAUCCCCAGUUUGUGGUGUACCAGGUGAAGGUAAAGAUCCACACAUCCAACCCAACCCACACACGGAGAGAAGAACGUCUCAUGUUCUUCGAGUUCCCCCAGCCACUUCCUGUCUGCGGGGACAUCAAAGUAGAGUUCUUCCACAAGCAGAACAAAAUGAUGAAGAAGGACAAGAUGUUCCACUUCUGGGUCAACACCUUCUUCAUCCCCGGGCCCGAGGAGCAUGUGGAGAGGCUGGAAAACGGCAGCGCCGGGACACAGCGGGAGCGAGUGGACGGAGUCCUCGAGAACCAGGGGACGGGCGGGGGCGGCGUUCCAGACAGCGACCGGGACUUCUUGGUGCUGUCACUGACAAAGAAUGACCUUGACAAGGCCAAUAAAGACAAGGCCAACAGAUAUUUCUCCCCAAAUUUUAAGGUGAAGCUGUACUUCUCCAAGACGGUGGAGGAGGGGGCCAACUCCGACGCCACCUCCAACUCGGUGACCCCCGACGUCAGCGACAACGAGCCCGACCACUACAGAUACUCGGACACCACGGACUCGGACCCCGAGAACGAGACUUUCGAGGACGAACUGACGCAGAUCACUAAAGUCUGACUUGCAUAUAUAAAUAUAUAUAAAUAAAUAUAUAUACAUACGUACAUGUACACCCCCAGAGCCCCCCCCUCCGACUCCCCCUCCCUACCCACCCUCCCACCACCCACUUCCCCCAAAGAAAAAAGGCUAGCCGACGGUUAGCUCAAGGGGGGUGGGGAACCAACUGAUGCGGUGGACCAGGGACUGAUGGCGCUGGGAGAUCAGUUGAAAUCCCCUAUACCCCACCUCAACCCUCACCCUCUCCCUCUAACUGCUCACCGUAAGACAAGACAGCUGGACAAUCAGAUUUAGAGGAGGGGUUCGAUGGGCAGGAGGGGAUGGGGAGGGGAAGGGGGGUGGCUGGAAGCGAUUGGAUGGACAUAAGAAUGAAUGGAUAGAGGACAUUUUAAUAUAAAGGAGAAAACUUGAAUAUAAAAAGAAAAACUGUACAUGCACACAUUUGCCUCCGAUAUCCGUCGCAAAGGAAGUCAGCGCUAUGACUGCAUUGAUUCUAAUUUUAUUUCUUCUUUUCGCUGACGAAGUCAAAACGCUCUAUUUGCCCUUUCAGCGAUGCAACCCACUAAUCAGGGCCCAACCGGUAACCAAACGGUGAACCACUUCAAAAUAAGAGCUCUAUUGGAGACGAGGCUAAGGCUUAUUGGUGAACGGCUGACUGACAGCGACGGCUGCUUGGACUGAAAUGUGUGCGUGCAGGUUAAGGGACAUGUAAAAUUCUAUAGAAAACUACACCCACACAUGAUGUCGGGUCAAUAGCUCCACAAUCACGCUUUUUCUUUUCUUCUUCCCUUUCUUCCUUACCUGCUAGGUUUUAGAAGAAUAUGCUGACCACGUUUUGCUUUAUUUUAUAUAGGAAUUUUUUAACCAUUUCUUUCACUCCCUUUUAUUUGUCCGUCUGUCCGCAGUGUUUUCAGCUGUAUAGAAGGAUGGCUGUAUUCUCUCUCUCUCUCUCUCUCUCUCUCUCUCUCUCUCUCUCUCUCUCUCUCUCUCUCUCUCUCUCUCUCUCUCUCUCUCUCUCUCUCUCUCUCUCUCUCUCUCUCUCUCUCUCUCUCUCUCUCUCUCUCUCUCAAAAAAAAACAAGGUUUCUUUGACGUUCGCCCCCCCCCCCCCUCCCAAGUAAACUCAGUUAAGCUGCCCCUCCAACAACAAUCAGUCCCAGAGUUGACAAAUUGACCACGGCAUUGCCAAACAUGGUUUUAAAUUCAUUUUACUCUGCAUUUGGUGCUCCAAGGAUCUAAUGACUUGGUAAACAUUGUCAGGGUGUGUUUAUACGGUCCGCAAUCGGUUACGUCGAAUUGGAUGAAAAAAUAUAGCUACCCCAAACUCAAAAGAAGAAAGUUCUCCACCAUUCUUGCUCCUACUACCAAUCUCUACAGCCGCGGAGGUAGUGACAAAUGCAAACGAGAGAAACUCAACCAGACCCGGUUGACCAUAGCAGGGAGCGGACACCUUGAAUCAAUCGUUUGAAUGAGACAAUGAAGAAGAAGAGACUAGUAUUCACAAUCUGCUGCACCUCUGUCAAUAGUUUUUAAAUGUGCAACCUGCAUAUACACAAACACAUACAGACUUCCCACAUCCAUCAUCACAUGGCUGUGAACUAAAGUUCUCUGUGCUUCUUGGUGUCUGUGUAUGGUCGGACUGCAAGGUGUGUUGUGUGCCCUAUCUUUGCAGCCAAUUCCAAAAGAUGGUUAGUACGUAUUUGAAAGAUCAUGACUGAAAAAAAAAUCUGGAUUUAGCAAAACAAAAUGAACACUUUGACUGCAGUCCGAAUUCUUGACCUGUUUGAGUCCCCGUCUCUCUCGGUCUUUUGUUCUUAUUCACUUUACUCGAUCCUCCUCUAAGCCUUUUUACUCUUAAGUGUCCGUUCAGUGAAAACUUACAUGGGAAAAAAAAAAUACUAUUUUUGUUAUUUUUUCAGUUUGAAUCAUUUGAAGCAUACAUGUACACACACGUACACACACAUACACUCUGUUUAUCCAUUCUCUAGACUGUUUUUAAGCUAUUGAAGUGUAUCCGUCGCAGCUAAAUGCCCCCCUAGGAAUGUGAAACACUUCUGGGGAACUGGUGCAGUGGUCUCUCACUUUCUAGAUCUCAUUGAUUUCCAUUGGUUCUGUACAUUUGAUGGUAAGAUCCAACAAUUCUUGGGCGGGCUAUGUGGUGUUUAUUUGGUCCUUGGAGAAAUGCUCUGGUGUAUUUUCAACCUGUAAUUCUAGCGUUAUCAGUCAAUUGUCACUAUAAUGGACUUUAUUGGAUUAUGACAUUCAUUUGGGGAAUCUCAACUAAAAGCAAUGAUUGCUAUUGUGAUCUAUUUAUUAAAAACACAUGUAGCCUUUAAACAUGAUUACAUUUGCUGGAGCUCAAACAUUUGGAAAUUGGUUCAUAGGAGAAGAUGGAGCAUUAAGACCAUUAUCCCGUACAUUACAUUGUUAUUCUGGCCCCUAUGGACACGAGGGGGGCCUCGUUUAGUAACGUUUCUGUUUCUAUGGCGAUGGAAAUAUGCGAUCUGGAACACAAAGUAGACCGAAACCAGGCUGUGUCCACCUUCUCUCCGGCGUAGGGGAUCAAAAGGGAAUCGGGGUGUGGGCAGGUUUGAUCCGUUCUAUCUGGUGCUAAGACUAUCGUAGGCAAGUGUUUAUCAUAACCCUAGCGCGGUCUUUGGACCACCGAGAAAAAAAUAAGCUAACCCUGGUGAGCUGUCACCCCGAAACAAAACCUGCUUUGAGGCUUUUGAUUUUUGACAUCAUGCUGUAUUCUUGGGCGUAUAUCCAACGUGUGUUUUGGUGCUUCUUUGGAUUAUGGAACAAUUAUUUUAGGGUGACGCACCCUAACUAGAGCUGUACCUGAAGAGCAGUACAAUGUUUAAUGAAGCCCAUUUUGUAGAAGUUGUUGCUGCCUGUGUCAUUUGGAAGCCUAAAUCGUGCAUUGAUUGAUUUUUAGCCAGCUAUGUUAUAAUAACUAAUAACUAUGUUGCUUUUGGACCUGGGACAUUUUUGCUAGCAUGGAACCUUCUUGAAGAGUGUCAGUUUGAAGCAGGUCUUACACCAGACGGGACCCGGAGCGCAGCGUCACGUGGUGGGGUGGAUAUGAAGGAGGUAGUGUGUGUCCAGUGUGCGACUGCCUUGGUGCUGGAGGCUGGGUGGGCCUGUAAGGGGCCCUCAACGCGGCCAUUUUUCGUCCCUGCUUCCCAGGAGACACUUCUGGGUAACGGUCAAAAAGCAACAGGAUUUAUUAAUGCAGGUUUUAUUGGAUGUUUCCGUUUUUGAUUUGCGCAUGGUCGUGUUCAUUAGCUAAGAACGCAGGUGCAGCUCAGUUGUGGAAAAGGAAUUUCUUUUUAAUAGAAUUCCUUUGUAUACAAACCAUUCCACACACUUCCUCGCCAUUGAAUGCAAUAAUAGAUACAGCCGUCUGUUGAUCUAGUGACACCAUAGGAUCCCCUGAUCAGAUCAACAACAACACCUGAAUGUUACGCUCUUUAACAGACACAAAAUGGCAGAGGUCAGCCAUGGUAAGCAUGUCCCACCAACCCAGUAAAGAUCGUACCUCAAUCAGUCAACUCCCAACCGCGGUGGCAGUUCAUCAUAGACCCCACUUGAAAGCCUCCAACAACGCCUGUGGUUGUGCCUUUCCAAUGAACCCUUUGUCAUCUUAGCUGUGGUGCUAACAUCUAGCUAGACGGGCUAGUUCCUUUGGCCUGUGAGUCUAGUCAGUCUCUGGUGCUCUGUUUAAACUGCCAAAACAUCCCAGUGGAAAUGGAGCUCCAGUCUCAAGCGCUCUUCGUACUAGUGCCGAGCCAGCAGCUAAAUCCCAAGUGACCGUAAAGCCGGGCUAAACAGUUGCAGCUGUCAAGGUCAUCGUUCCCAGUCCAGCAUACUUCCCAAAAAAGGACGAGACAGGGUUUUUCCUUUUCUUUUCUCGUAAUCUUCAGUCGAUUUAAGUAGGUUGUUCAACAACAACUGAAACGUCGGUUGUCAAUGCUGGCUGACUGGUUGAGAGACAUGAAGCGGUACAGAAAACACACAUCCUCCUUCUGCGCUGCUUCAGGUGCUACGUGUGGCAGUCGAUAAGUCUCCAAACCAACGUUUAAUUUCCAGUGAGACCUCCCAUCUUGGUCCACUGCUUGGUCGCCGCUUCAGAGCAAUCUGUGGGCUCUUGAAUCGACCGGUCGAUGGGCCCAUCGCUCGUCCAUCGAAGAACGUCCAUCGACUGUUUCAACCGACGUGCUGAUUGAUUUAAAUCUUGCGGUCCCCUACACUACACUUCAUCGAGUCCACUCGCAGCUUCUCCUCGGUCUCGAGUGAGCGAGUUGACGUCCACUUUGUCCAGUGAACACCAAUGUUCCCCCAUUGGUGCUGCUGAUCCGUUGGAUUGACACGUCCUUACGGGCCUCUUCUGUCCCUGAUCUCCAUCCAGGACACGGUGAGCCAUCAGGGCUCACAGACGGCAAUGCCAACACCCCAGAUGGGUCACCAAAGUGGAUAGAUCAUACUGGAUCGUAUAGCCACACUAUGGGUCUGGACAGGGAAAAGCCCUGCAUGUCCUUGGAUGACAUUAUCAAGGCAUGAUGGCACAACAGCUUGGUUGCUUAACAACAACAUUGUUGACCCGUUGUUUUUUUUUCUUCUCGACGGCUUAGUAGUUCAUUAAUGGAUCGUGGGACGUUAAGGUAUACCAGGUGCUUUCCAUGUCUCUUGACCGUCAUGGUGCUCUCUCUCCGUCUUCUCUUAUGGCAUCGUCUUUCUCCUUCCCGCCCCCACCAUCACUACGACUUCUCCCUUGCUUGAUGAGAGAACAUAGCUACACUUUGAUCAUGUACCAUGCACAUGUCGACUCAAUAUAUCGUCUAUAUAUGACAUUAGUAUCAUCGGAGCCCCCCCAGUGGGACUUUAUUCAAUGGAAGGACAGCGAGUGUAUUUUCCACUGUAAAAAAAGGCGAAAUAUUUAAUGCCUUCAGUUGCCAUACCUAACCUACUAGAGCUUUUAUUUUGAAAAAUGCUUUUCUGGUUUUAUUUUGUUACUAGCCAAAAGGAAGUUUAGGUUUUCUUGCAUCGUUGAGUGAAAACUAAUUUUCCACACAGCCUGAUUUGGUUGUGCCAGAAGAGAGGUACACAAUUGGACCGAAAUCAUUAUAGGGUCCUCUUCAGGAUACAUUGGGUUAAGUGUAUAUCUUGACUAUUUUCUUGUCUUUAUAGCUAUAUAUAUAUAUCUCUCUGAAAAAGUCAGGAAAUCUCAAACGCUGUUGUCCGACCUGUAGAUUCAGAAAAUGUCAAGUGAGUUAUAUAAGGACCGUGAUUACAAGAUUGUGGCUUUUUCCAUAAAAAAAAUAUCUAAACUUUUACUUCAUGGUGAAUGGAACGUGGUUUUCUAUUCCAAAGAUGCAUGCGGACACGCGCGUGUAGCUUUUGGUGCAUUCGUCUCUUGCUUCGAAAGUCAUGUUCCCAGGGCCUAUAUGACGGUGUUGUUCAAUGUUGCACACAAGCCAAUCCAGAAGAUUUGAAAUCCACCUACUCUCUUCUGCUAUUUCAGUUUACACUUUAUCACUGAACCUGCCAAAAUUAAGCUCAUUAAUUUUUUUUCUUUUCUUUUUUUUUUUUUAUGUCGUUUGGAGGUGACCAGCAUAUGUGGCCUAUAGGAUUUUCUUCUUUUGCCUUAUUUGUACCAAUAAUUUCUUUUUUUUCUGUUAAAUCGUUGAAAGAGCAAAACUUUUUAUCCCAGAUCCGUAUACAAUAACGCCUGUUCUGUCCGCCGGAGAGGUUGAGCGACUUGCCCGUUUUCCUAGAGCUGUCUGGGGUUGCCAUCAGGCCGUCCCUGGCUUCACCGUCCUAGAAAUUGAUCAAACCUCUGGGUGUGACGAAGUGGUGGUGUUUGUAUAGGGGCUUCUGGUUCUGUCCAUAUAAAGCCCUGUUCAGCUCCAACACUGGCUCUAUAUAGCUUCAUAUAAUCGUCACGCAAUCUGCAGAAACUGUUAUGACCAGAGCAACAUUUAUUGUACUCUACUUUUGCACUGUUACAGGUAAUUGCAGGGUUUUAAGUCAACGGUCCAUCAGUGUGAUUUUUAUUUUUUUUAUUUUAUGGUUUUCGUUUUUUUUUGAUGAAGUCAUUUACCCGAUUAAAGUUUUUGUUUUAUUUUUUUAUCUUCGUUUGGUAAACAGAAAGCCAGGCCUCGAUGAUACAGCGAGGUGCGGCGAAAUCCGAUUUAUCGUAAAGGUCCCAAAAUCGCUAUGGAAACCAACGUAGUAUUAUUUUUGACUGAAAAAUGUCAUAAUACCCUCCAGCCCCUCCCCUCGAUUUUUUUUCUUUUAAUUUUCCCUCCUCCUUGUUUUAUAAUGAAAAGAAACGCUGUAAAGGUGAAUAAACUAUUUAUAACAGUA